AUGUAUAAAGUUGAUGAAAAUUAUCCAAUAAAAGACCUCGCACCGGCGUUCCCUUUCCGGGAGGUGCAGCUCAAGCUGGACGUCGACCCGAAACACCAGUUCGAGAUAUUGCCCGAGCUUGGGCGUGGAACGUUCGGGACGGUGUUUCACUGCCGGGAAAAGGGGAGCGGGCUGGAGCUGGCGGCCAAAAUUGUGCCGUACAAGAAGAAGAAGGAUCGCGGUGACAUGGUGCGCGAGAUCGACAUCAUGAGCUGCCUGCACCAUCCGCGGCUGAUCCAGCUGUACGAUGCGUUCGACUACGAGAACAAAUUCUACGUCAUCCUCGAGCUCAUUCAAGGUGGCGAGCUGUUCGAGCGCGUCAUUGACGACGAUUUCGUGCUGACGGAGAAAGCGUGCGCCGUCUUCAUGCGGCAGAUCUGCGAGGGCAUGGAGUACAUUCACAGCCGGAGCAUCAUCCACCUAGACAUGAAGCCGGAAAACAUUCUCUGCCUCACAAAGACGGGCAACCGGAUCAAGAUCAUCGACUUCGGGUUCGCGCGUCGCUACGAUCCGGGCAAAAAGCUGCAGGUGAUGUUCGGCACGGCCGAGUUCGCCGCACCGGAGGUGCUCAAUUUCGACGAAAUCUACUUCUACACCGACAUGUGGAGCCUGGGUGUGAUCUGCUACGUGCUACUGUCCGGACUGUCACCGUUCGUUGGCGGCGACGACCAGGCAACGAUGAACAAUGUCCUCCAGGGUACGUACACGUUCGACUACAAAUCGUUCGACGCGGUGUCGGAAAGUGCGAAGGAUUUCGUCCGCAAGCUGCUGGUGCGGGACGGCGAGAAGCGGCUAACGGCGCGGAAAGCCCUGCGGCAUCCGUGGCUCGCAGAAACGACAGCUCAGAGCACCACCGAGCUAUCUGUGACAAAAACAAAGUUGAAACGCUAUGUUAUCAAGAAGCGCUGGAUCAAGGCGGUCAAUACGAUCAUUGCGCUGCGGCGAAUGGGUGCGCGAAUCGAUUACGAUUUGGUGUGA